AUGAAAGUCUCUACCAUCUUCUCUGUUGUCCUGGCUGCUGGCUCUGCUAUAGCUGUCCCUGGCAAACGGGCUGGGCAAGCCAUUACUAUCAGCGACCUCAAGGCCUCUCAGGUCGACCAACAGGGAUAUAUCACCUUCGCCUUGAAAGAUCCCAACUACGACGACUCCACCGGUGCGAAUGUGAUCUGGCAUCGUCCUGGAAACCCCGUUUCCGGCACUCGCACUAGCGACGGUGCCUACUAUGUCAAUUUCCCAGGAGGUGUGAAUGACAUUGCGGUCUUUACCUUGGAGGUCCAGCGAGUCAAGGGAACCGAGACAGUCUCUGUUACUCUCAAUGACAAUGGAAAUGGCAGUGCUCCAGGCAGCAAGUGGUCGUGCACCUCGACCAGUGGCUCUGUUAUGGGGACGGUGAAGAAGUGUGCCUAUGAUGGCGAUAUCACCUUGACCCCUUUCAACGCCUAG